AUGACAAUCACAACCAAACCCGCAACCCUCUACUUCGCCUACGGCUCCAACCUAUCUCUAACCCAAAUGUCCCAACGGUGCCCAUCAUCACCAUACUACGGCCUAGGCAAACUCCCUGGAUAUCGCUGGAUAAUCGGCGAGCGGGGCUACGCGAAUGUCGUUAAAUGCCCGACGUCAAGCAGUGCUUCUUCCUCUUCGGGGACUACGAGUACUACCACGAGGGGUGAAGAUGGAGAGGAAAAUCAAGUGCUUGAAGACGCGGCGAAAGGUAACGAUGAGGGGGCGGAAGAAUAUGUAAUAGGCAUGCUAUACGCCCUGACUCACAAGGAUGAAGCACGUCUUGAUAUUGCGGAGGGCGUUCCUUUUUCAUAUACUAAACAUAUGCUGCCUAUUCAAAUGCUUAGCUCGCCGUCGUCGACCGGUCAAACUACCGUGCAGGCGCUAGUGUAUGUCGAUGAGGUCCGGCUCGGGGAGGGGGUUUGUCGGGAGGAGUAUGUGACGAGGAUGAAUCGGGGGAUUGCGGAUGCGGUGAAGAUGGGUAUGCCGAAGGAGUAUGUGGAGAGGGUUUUGAGGAGGUUUGUUAGGGAGGAUGAGGUGGAGGGCGUGGUGCAUGAUCCGUUUUUGGGAGUGUUGAAGGAGGAUUAA